AUGAUUGGAAUGCGAUUCAUCUACAUGUUUCUUCCAGCUUCUCUCAAAAAGUACUCAUCAUCCAUGAUGAGGACGCACACCCAUCCUCAACUUUUCCUAAACAACAGCACCAACAUCAUGCGAUGUUUUUCCUCCUCUCAACUCUCUCUUCAAUAUUCCUUCAUCAAGAAGGACGAAAUACAACAAUUACUCAACGACCAAAUUCCCGAUCAAGACUUUGUCCUCAUUGAUGUUCGAGAGAAUCAAGAAUUUACAUCGGUCGAUCUUCCAGCCAUUCAUAACAGUGCUCAUAACAUUCCGAUCAAUGAUUUGGGUCCAGCUCUAUUGACCAUGGAUGCCAAACAAUUCAAACAUGUGUAUGGAUUUGAUAAGCCAAUGGCGGAUGCUCAUUCUGAUUUGGCCACGAGUGGAUAUGGAGGAACGAGUGAUGUAACUUCAAUUUCUCAAAAACGUUCCGUACUCGAUUCGUCAUCAUCUUCUGCUGCAAAUAAGAAGAAGAUUAUUGUGUAUUGUAAAUUGGGAGGAAGAGCCGAGAAGGCUGCACAAUUAUUGGAUGACUUGGGAUUUAAAAAUGUGUUUUGUUAUAAGGGAAGUGCCAAUGAAUGGUGGUCCAAGUAA